AUGAAUAUGAGAAACAGUCCUCAAACUCAGAAGAGCCUGUCUCGGCAAUCCUCGAAGUCGAAUUCGAGGACGAAGCAAGAGCCGCUUAGCCCGUUUUCGGGUGGUGGUUGUUGUCGAGGGUUCACCAGCGUGAAGACUGUGGCAUCCACCACAACGACGGUUCAACAGCAUCAGCUCCAACAGCGUUAUGAGAGUUUGGAAGUCAAGGUGGCAGAUAUGGAAAAGGAGGUGCAAAAGCAAACAGAACUGAGAGUAAUGUAUAGAAAAAGAAUGGAAAGGACCCAAGAUUAUUUAAGGUACUGCCUCCAAAUAGCACAAGAAAAUGGAAUCUUAGAACAAAUUAUUCACACAAAAGGUGAACUCCAACAAUCACCUUACAAUGUCACCUCCAUCAUCAAUAGUCCUCAAAUCCCCACUCCUAUCCAUCAGCACCACCCCAAUCUAGAGGCCAUAACUGAUCAAGCCAAAACCAACGGAUGGUAUAUUAAUCCUUCAGAGAUUCAGUUAGAAGAUAAAAUAGGACAAGGAACAACAGCGGACAUCUACAGAGCAACAUGGCGCGGAUUUGAUGUAGCAGUGAAAUGCAUUUCACCUGAAUUCUUUCACACAAAUGGAAACGGGGUUGAAUUCUUUGCUCAAGAAGUUGAAACUCUCUCAAAGCAACGUCACAGGUUUGUGCUUAACCUAAUGGGUGCAUGUCUUAACCCUCCUAACCAUGCAUGGGUUGUUACAGAGUUUCUAAGCACCACACUUAAGGAAUGGCUUUAUGGUCCUGGAAAAAGGCGUAGAGAUAGAAUUGUGCCACUUCCUCCUUUGAAAGAAAGAGUACUACGGGCUUUAGAAAUAGCCCAAGCUAUGCAAUAUCUUCAUGAACAAAAGCCCAAAAUUGUUCAUCGUGAUUUGAAGCCCAGCAACAUUUUCUUGGACUUUAAUUUGCAUGUUAGAGUUGCUGAUUUUGGACAUGCCCGUUUCUUAGGAGAGGGUGAAAUGGCUCUCACUGGAGAAACAGGAACAUAUGUGUAUAUGUCACCAGAAGUGAUACGAUGUGAGCCAUAUAAUGAAAAAUGUGAUGUAUAUAGUUUUGGAGUGAUAUUGAAUGAGCUUUUAACAGGAAAACAUCCUUAUAUUGAAACAGAAUAUGGUCCUGCCAAGAUUGCUAUGGAAGUUGUAGAGGGGAAGAUACGACCUAUGCUUCCUUCAAGGGAUGAUGGUGAGCAGUUGGGAGAAUUGAUUGACAUUAUACGUCUUUGUUGGGAUGGAAAUCCUUCCACCAGACCAUCCUUUGAAACAAUUAGUCGGAUUCUUAAAAGCUAUUACAAUAGGGUCAUUCAAUUUUCAAAAUAG